UGAUCGAUCGACCGCCGAAAAGAGCUUUUUCUCUCUAUAGCGUUCCGCCUCACCGCGGCAUCUCCCCUCUAAAAGGAAGCACCGGACGCCGACGCCACGUACCGGAGCACCCACCAGACUCCUCCUCCGCAGCUCUGCUCAGCUCACCUCAGCUCCCUCCCCCUCUCCGCAGCGGCAGCGCAGCGAGCGAGCGAGCGACCGGCGAUGAAGAAGUGCGCGUCGGAGCUGGAGCUCGAGGCCUUCAUCCGCGGGCGGGGGCUCGGCGCCGAGCAGAAGCCCGGCACCGCCGCCGUGGGCACCGCCAACGGGCCCUACGGCCUCUUCUCCGCCGCCGACCUCUCCGGCGCCUUCGGCUUCGCCGACGCGACCCUGAAUGGAACAAUUCAGAAUCACUUGUGGUCUCAGUCCCCGAACCUCGGCGCACGGCAUCCCGCGGUCUCCACGACAAUCGAGUCGCAGUCGUCAAUCUAUGCGGCGAGUCCCACGUCGGCGACCAAUCUAAGCAUCAAAGAGAGCCAAGCUUUCGGAGGCACGAGCGGCUCGGACUCCGACAGCGAGUCGAUGUUCGACGACGGUGGCUUGUGCGACAACGGCACGAACCCAACAGACGUGAAAAGGAUGAGACGGAUGGUGUCGAACCGAGAGUCGGCCCGACGGUCGAGGAAGAGGAAGCAAGCUCACUUGGUUGAGCUGGAGACGCAGGUUGAUCAGCUCCGGGGUGACAACGCGUCGAUCUUCAAGCAGCUGACGGACGCGAACCAGCAGUUCACGACGGCGGUCACGGACAACCGGAUCCUCAAGUCGGACGUGGAGGCGCUGCGGGUGAAGGUGAAGCUGGCGGAGGACAUGGUGGCGCGCGGCGCGAUGUCGUGCGGACUGGGCCACCUGGGUCUGUCCCCGGCGGCGCUGAACCCGUGCCGCGUCCCGGACGUGCUGGCCGGGCUGGACUUCCUCCCCGGCGGCCCCGACGACGCCUGCUUCGGGAGCCUGUCCCCGGCCGAGCAGGUGCAGAGCUCGCCGAUGCAGAGCAUGGCCAGCCUGGAGAGCCUCGAGCACAGCAGCAGGAUGCAGCACGGCGGCGGCAGCGACGCCGUCGACGUCUGGGGCUGGGACUCCAGCUCCAACGGCGCCAUGUCCAAGUGAAGCCAUGCACGUCCCUCCCUGCCCGCGUACCUACCUACGUACAUCAAAGUGUUUGAGCUGAUGAAAACUCUUGAUGGACUUGAGUUUUUCAGAGUCCUCUCGUGUCGCGUCAGUCGGUAAUAACUCUGCGUCUUCGCCGUGCCUAUAGCUAUGUAAUAGAACUUUCUACCCAGAGUACAUGUAAUGGUGAGACCAUGUCAGUUAACUGUGAUCUGUCAGUCGGCGGUAAGCUUCAUCAUUUACAGAUUA